CACCUUUAAAAGGAGCCCCUUUGUGCCCAUAAUCUUCAUCCUUUGAUUUCUCAAUUCUCAAAUAUCAGUUUUUCUCUCUUUCUUCAAACACUUCUCAAGAUGCAGAUCUUCGUGAAAACCCUAACCGGAAAAACAAUCACCCUUGAGGUUGAAAGCUCCGACACUAUUGACAACGUUAAGGCUAAGAUUCAGGACAAAGAAGGAAUCCCACCGGACCAGCAGAGGUUGAUCUUCGCCGGAAAGCAGCUCGAAGACGGUAGAACCCUAGCCGACUACAACAUCCAGAAGGAAUCGACCCUUCACUUGGUGCUCCGUCUUCGUGGCGGUAUGCAAAUCUUUGUUAAAACCCUAACCGGGAAAACAAUCACCCUUGAAGUCGAAAGCUCCGACACUAUCGACAACGUUAAGGCUAAGAUUCAGGACAAGGAGGGAAUCCCACCAGACCAGCAAAGGUUGAUUUUCGCCGGAAAGCAACUCGAAGACGGCAGAACCCUAGCUGAUUACAACAUCCAGAAGGAAUCGACCCUUCACUUGGUCCUUCGUCUUCGUGGUGGGAUGCAGAUUUUCGUCAAAACCUUAACUGGGAAAACAAUCACCCUUGAAGUCGAAAGCUCCGACACUAUUGACAAUGUUAAGGCUAAAAUCCAGGAUAAGGAGGGAAUCCCACCAGACCAGCAAAGGUUGAUUUUUGCUGGUAAGCAAUUGGAAGAUGGAAGGACCUUAGCUGAUUACAAUAUUCAGAAGGAGUCGACUCUUCACUUGGUGCUCCGUCUUCGUGGUGGAAUGCAGAUUUUUGUCAAGACUUUGACCGGGAAAACCAUCACUCUUGAGGUGGAAAGCUCUGACACUAUCGACAACGUUAAGGCGAAGAUCCAGGAUAAGGAGGGUAUCCCACCAGAUCAGCAAAGGCUGAUCUUUGCUGGUAAGCAGUUGGAAGAUGGCCGAACCCUUGCUGAUUACAACAUCCAGAAGGAGUCAACUUUGCACCUUGUGCUUCGUCUUCGUGGUGGGAUGCAGAUUUUUGUGAAGACGUUGACAGGGAAAACCAUCACUUUGGAGGUGGAGAGUUCCGAUACUAUUGACAAUGUGAAGGCUAAGAUUCAGGACAAGGAGGGUAUUCCCCCGGAUCAGCAGAGGCUGAUUUUUGCUGGGAAGCAGUUGGAAGAUGGAAGAACUCUGGCGGAUUAUAACAUCCAGAAGGAGUCGACUCUGCACCUUGUCCUCCGUCUCCGUGGUGGUUUCUAAACUGUCCGUCGGUAGUGGUGGCAAUGCCUGUGUCUGUGUCUUGGGUCUGUUUGCUGUUUGUUUGAUUCAUGAUUUAGUAGUUUGUGUAGUUUCUGUUACUUGUCAUCAUGUCAUGUCUCCAAAAGAGGCAAGGAGACUUGUUCUCUUGUCUCUGUUUGUGAAUAAUAAAGUCCGAAUUAUGGUUUAAA